CUCAUACUAAUAAUUGGAAUACGGGUUGGGUCGGGUUCUACAGAUUGUGUAAUCCAAAAUCCAAACCAAACCCAGAAGAAGCGGGUUGUACAAAAGAAAUCCUCACUCAACCCAAAAUCUUUGUUUUGAUGAUAAAUACGAAUGAGUUGGAUCGGAUUGAACGGAUGGGUCGGUUUUGCGGGGUGUUGCAAGUAGCAACAACAACAACUAUACUGCUCUGCUCGGAAAAAGCGCGAAGGCAGCAAAUUUUCACGGGUGGGACCUACCUACCCUAGUACUGCCCGGUACUCAUCAUCGACGGACGUCCUAUUCCUUCUCCCCCAACUUUUUUGGUAUAUAAUCGCUCCCCCGCAACCAAACUCAAAAUUCGCCUCUGCAUUUUACCCCGCGCCGCCUCUCUCUUCUUCUCUUCCGCUGUAUCAUGAUUUCACUCUAAGCGCGCCGCUCUCCGACUAUCUAGCUAGUAUUUUUCCCGGUGAUCGCCCGACGUCCGCGUAAACAUGGCGGCGAAAUAUGGCAUCAGCCUUGAAGAAGUAAAAAACGAGGCCGUUGAUCUGGAAAGGAUUCCCAUCGAGGAGGUGUUUGAGCAGCUGAAAUGUUCACGGGAAGGUCUCACCGGCGGUGAGGGGGCCAACAGGCUUCAAGUUUUUGGACCCAACAAAUUGGAAGAGAGGAAGGAGAGCAAAUUUCUGAAGUUUCUGGGUUUUAUGUGGAACCCGCUGUCAUGGGUCAUGGAAGCUGCAGCUGUCAUGGCCUUACUCUUGGCCAACGAUGGACGAAGGCCUCCAGACUGGCAGGACUUCAUCGGUAUAGUUACCCUGCUGGUCAUCAACUCCACCAUCAGUUUCGUUGAGGAAAAUAACGCUGGAAAUGCAGCGGCUGCACUUAUGGCUGGCCUUGCUCCCAAGACCAAGGUUCUUCGAGAUGGGUGCUGGACGGAGCAAGAAGCUGCAAUCUUGGUUCCAGGAGACAUUAUCAGCAUCAAGUUGGGAGAUAUUGUCCCUGCUGAUGCUCGUCUUCUUGAGGGUGAUCCUCUAAAGAUCGAUCAAUCUGCUCUUACUGGGGAGUCGCUUCCUGUCACUAAGAACCCUUACGAUGAAGUCUUCUCUGGGUCGACCUGUAAGCAAGGCGAAAUCGAAGCUGUUGUCAUUGCCACUGGUGUGCACACCUUCUUUGGUAAAGCUGCUCAUCUCGUGGACAGCACCAAUCAAGUUGGCCAUUUCCAGGCCGUCCUUACUGCUAUUGGUAACUUCUGUAUUUGCUCGAUUGCUGCCGGAAUACUUGUUGAGAUUAUAGUGAUGUACCCCAUACAGCACCGCAAGUACAGAGACGGGAUUGACAACUUGCUUGUUCUCUUGAUUGGGGGAAUACCUAUUGCUAUGCCAACCGUUUUAUCUGUCACCAUGGCUAUUGGCUCUCACAGGCUGUCUCAGCAGGGGGCUAUUACCAAGAGAAUGACUGCCAUUGAGGAGAUGGCCGGUAUGGAUGUGCUGUGCAGUGAUAAGACCGGGACUCUUACGUUGAACAAGCUGUCUGUUGAUAGGACCUUGAUUGAGGUGUUCGUUAAGGGUAUGGACACAGAGCAUGUCAUUCUUCUUGCUUCCAGAGCUUCAAGGACUGAGAAUCAGGAUGCUAUUGAUGCGGCUAUUGUAGGAAUGCUUGCAGACCCUAAGGAGGCGCGAGCUGGAGUUAGGGAGGUUCAUUUUCUUCCAUUCAAUCCUGUCGACAAGAGGACUGCUUUGACCUAUGUUGAUUUGGACGAUAACUGGCACCGGGCAAGCAAAGGUGCUCCUGAGCAGAUAUUGAACUUGUGCAAUUGCAAGGAGGAUGUUAGAAGGAAGGUUCAUGCAGUGAUUGAUAAGUUUGCUGAACGUGGGCUUCGAUCUUUAGGAGUAGCACGACAGGAAGUACCAGAGAAGAACAAAGACAGUCCAGGUGGUCCAUGGCAGUUGGUUGGUUUGUUGCCUCUAUUUGAUCCUCCAAGGCAUGACAGUGCUGAAACAAUCAGAAGAGCUCUUCACCUUGGAGUCAAUGUCAAGAUGAUUACUGGUGAUCAGCUUGCAAUUGCCAAGGAAACAGGAAGGAGGCUUGGGAUGGGAACCAACAUGUAUCCUUCAUCUUCAUUGCUUGGCCAAAGCAAGGAUGCCUCCAUUGCGUCCCUCCCUGUGGAUGAGUUGAUUGAAAAGGCUGAUGGAUUUGCUGGAGUUUUCCCAGAGCACAAGUAUGAGAUUGUGAAGAGGCUACAAGAGAAGAAACACAUCUGCGGAAUGACGGGAGAUGGUGUGAACGAUGCUCCUGCACUGAAGAAGGCUGAUAUCGGGAUUGCUGUUGCUGAUGCCACUGAUGCAGCUAGGGGUGCUUCUGACAUUGUCCUCACUGAACCGGGGCUCAGCGUGAUCAUAAGUGCAGUGCUUACCAGCAGGGCUAUUUUCCAGAGAAUGAAAAAUUACACGAUAUAUGCUGUCUCCAUCACCAUCCGUAUUGUUCUUGGGUUCAUGUUGAUUGCCUUGAUAUGGAAGUUCGAUUUCUCUCCAUUCAUGGUUUUGAUCAUUGCUGUACUCAAUGACGGAACGAUAAUGACGAUAUCAAAGGAUCGAGUUAAGCCAUCUCCGCUGCCAGACAGCUGGAAGCUGAAAGAGAUCUUCAGUACUGGAGUGGUACUGGGAACUUACAUGGCAAUAAUGACAGUUCUUUUCUUCUGGGCCAUGCGGGAGACUAAUUUCUUCUCGGACAAGUUCCAUGUAAGGCCGUUGCAUGAUAGACCAGAACAGAUGAUGUCUGCACUAUACUUGCAAGUGAGCAUAGUGAGCCAAGCACUGAUAUUCGUGACGAGAUCUCGCAGCUGGUCCUUUGUGGAAGUCCCCGGGAAGCUCCUCCUCCUUGCUUUCAUGGUUGCUCAACUGAUUGCAACAAUGAUUGCGGUGUAUGCCAACUGGCCGUUUGCGAGAAUAAGGGGCUGCGGCUGGGGUUGGGCUGGCGUCAUCUGGCUCUACAGCUUGGUUACUUACAUCCCACUCGACAUCCUCAAGUUCGCCAUUCGCUAUGUUCUCAGCGGCAAGGCCUGGGAUAAUCUCUUGGAGAACAAGACGGCGUUUACUACUAAGACGAAUUACGGGAAAGAGGAAAGGGAAGCACAGUGGGCUACUGCGCAGAGAACUCUCCACGGGCUUCAGCCUCCUGAGACCACCAACUUCUUUGCUGACAAGAACAGUUACAGUGAGCCUUCUGAGAUUGCUGAGCAAGCCAAGCGCCGAGCUGAGGUUGCUAGGUUGAGGGAGCUGACUACACUGAAGGGGCACGUCGAGUCGGUAGUGAAGCUUAAAGGACUCGACAUUGACACCAUUCAACAACAUUACACAGUUUAGAGAGGCAAAGCAACUUGACCAACACUUACGAUGACGAAACAACACCGGCAUGUGUGUAGCCGCCACCAUGCCUAGAGUAUAUAGAUUUCUGGCAAUGUUUGUUAGCCUUCUUAGUAGCAAAAAAUUUGAACUUAGGCAGUGUUCUUAGUUUAGAUAAAACUCUGAAUCUCAUUUUGAUGUCGUUGUUUCGCCGUCUUAGUAUCUAUCUAUCUCCAUCGCCGAUCUCUCUCUCGUUCAGUCACUCCGAUUGGUUUUGGUUCGGGUGAAAAAUUUCUCCUUUCUCGAAUUGGUAUUCGUUAUAGUGGUAUUGACAAUACUUAUACCAAUAGCAAAGGUUAACCUGCCGGAAAUUAUCAGUAUGAACAGUAUCAAAUCAAACCACAAACAACGGUAGGGAACAGCUGCUUGUUUAUCAUCGGUAAAAAAUAGCCUCUCUUUGCUUGAGAAUUCAAGAUUGCUGCAAAUGGGCUCUCUUUUAUAUACAUGCAUUGAGGUAGUAGGGGAAAGCUCUUUAAGCCCUAACUCAAGUCAAGUCAAGCAUUAUCAAGUCAGUCGCGGUGGAUGGCAUAUCAAGUCCAUCCCAAAUCAGUGUUUAGCAGACUCAAUCACGGUAAAGAAUAGUCUCAGACCGAAUUCGUGAUCUGUUGUCUUUAAAAUUUAAGGAAAAUGGUUUUUGGAAAAAUCGACAAAAAAGUUACGAAAAUAUGAUCCGAAAAAAAAUCAGCCCAAAUCGGCGAUUAAGAGACUUCAUCAUCGGUGGAGAAUAGCCUCGAGCCGAAUCCGUGAUCCGGGGCCUUAAAAAUCAAAGAAAAAUGGCUUUUGAAAAAAUUGCAUACAGUGAUGGUACCCCUUUGAAAUUUACCAAAAAAAGCCCGAAAAACUACGACCAAAUCGAUGCUUAUUAGUCUUAAUCAAUAGUGAAGAAUACCUUCAGGUCGAAUAUGUGAUAUGUAACCUUCAGAAUCAAAGGAAAAUGGUCUCUCGGAAAAAUUGUUAGAAAUAUGUGAUGGUACCCCUUUGGAAUAUGCCAAAAAUAGACGCGAAAAAAUCCGCUCAACUUGCUGCUCAAUAUACUUAAUCAUUGGUGAAGAAUAGGCUCGGGACGAAUGUGUGGCAUGUAGCCUUCUAAAUAUAAGAAAAAUGAUAUUUCGAAAACAAUUGACAAAAUUACAAAAAUGCCCUCCGAUAUAUUUUUUUUUUGCCAAAAUUGGCUAUUAAUAUACUUCAUCAUCGAUGUAGAACAAGACCAAGCUGAAUCCAUGAACUGUAGCAUUCAAAAUCCAAAAAAUUGGCCUUUAAAAAAAUUGCACGAAACCCCUUUGGAAUCUGCCACAAAUGAACUCGGAAAAAAUCGGUCAAAUUGGUGCUUAAUAGGCUUCAUCAUCGGUGGAAAAUAGCCUCAAGCCAAUUCCGUGAUUUCUAUCCUUCAAAAUUGGUCCUUCAAAAAAUCGUCUGAAAUCUAUGAUGGUAUCCCUUUUGAAUCCUUCAAAAAAGGCUGAAUCCGUGAUUUGUAGCAUUCAAAAUCAAAGAAAAAUGAAAUUUCGAAAAACUCUCCCAAAAUAUUAUGAAACUACCCUCUGGAAAAAAAUCUUCCCAAACCAAUGAUUGAUAGACUUCAUCAUCGGUGGAGAUUAGCCUAAGGACGAAUCCGUGAUCUGUUGCCUUAAAAAUCCAAGAAAAUAGUUUUUCGAAAAAAUCGCCUGAAAUUUGUGAUGCCUAUAGAACCUACAAAAAAUGGUCCCGGGAAUUUUUUGUCAAAAUUGUUGUUUAAUAGACUUAAUCAUCGAUAAAGAAUAGUCUUAGAC